AUGGAGACAUUUAUUAAGAAGUGUAAUAACCGGACGCAGUGCGCCGUCGUAGCCGGACCGGACGCGUUUCCCGACCCCUGUCCCGGGACAUACAAAUACCUGGAAGUGCAGUACGAGUGCGUCCCGUACAAGGUGGAACAGAAAGUUUUCCUGUGCCCAGGGCUCUUACGCGGCGUUUAUCAGAGCGAGCAUCUGUUCGAGUCGGACCACCAGUCGGGAGCUUGGUGCAAAGACCCCCUCCAGGCCUCGGAUAAGAUCUAUUACAUGCCCUGGACGCCGUAUCGCACGGACACCCUCACCGAAUACUCCAGCAAAGAGGAUUUCAUCGCAGGACGACCCACCACGACCUACAAGCUCCCCCAUCGGGUCGACGGCACCGGGUUCGUCGUCUACGACGGAGCGCUGUUCUUCAACAAGGAGCGAACUAGGAAUAUCGUCAAGUUCGAUUUACGCACUCGCAUCAAGAGCGGCGAGGCUAUCAUCGCUAGCGCGAACUACCACGACACUUCGCCGUAUCGCUGGGGAGGCAAGUCGGAUAUCGAUUUGGCGGUGGACGAGAACGGUCUUUGGGUGAUUUACGCCACGGAGCAAAACAACGGACAGAUCGUGAUCAGCCAGCUCAACCCAUAUACGUUACGUGUCGAGGGAACUUGGGAUACGGCCUACGACAAACGCUCCGCUUCCAACGCCUUCAUGAUCUGUGGGAUCCUGUACGUCGUCAAGACCGUCUACGAAGACGACGAUAGCGAAGCCACCGGGAAUAAAAUCGACUACAUCUACAACACGGAGCUGAGCAAAGACGGCUAUCUGGACAUCCCCUUCCCGAACUCGUACCAGUACAUCGCUGCCGUGGAUUACAAUCCCAGAGACAAUCUGCUCUAUGUGUGGAAUAACUACCACGUGGUCAAGUAUACGCUGGAUUUCGGAGUCCUGGACAACAGGCUAGAAACCUCUUCAGGAAACGUCUUAAUGGACACGACGAUGACACGCACCACGACUCGCCCGGUCACCGUUACCACGGCAACCGCCUCCACCAGCACCACCAUGACCAGCAGCACCCGAUCUCACUCCACGACGCCGGCGGCCCCACGCAGCACCACCACAGACCGGCAGCCGGUGGCUCUUCCCGAGGUCACGGCACGCUCUGACCCGUCCUCCGUCUUGCCCAACAUCGCUGUGGAGUUCUGCAGCCCCCUCACUGACUCCUCCAUCACCUGGCCCAAAACACGGCAGGGCCUCGUGGCCAAGCAGCCCUGCCCACCGGGAACUGUCGGGACUGCUGUGCUCGCCUGUCAGGGGCCCGAGGGACUGUGGGACCAGCAGGGGCCCGACCUCAGCAACUGCACCUCCACAUGGGUCAACAUCAUCAACCAGAAGAUCCGAGCGGGUGAACCUGCGGCCAUAAUCUCCCGUGAGCUUUCCGAACAGACCAAGGGUCACAUGCACGCGGGUGACAUCACCUACACCGUCCGGGCCAUGGGUCACCUGAUCGACCUGCUGGAUGUCCAGCUCAGAAAUCUCACCCCCGGAGGAAAGGACAGCGCCGCCCGGAGCCUCAACAAGGUACUGCGUCUGACAUACAACACUAUAGUAUAUGUCAAGUCAAAUGUAUUAGUAUAG